GGCUUCGGUGGUUUUGACUGUCACAUAAAAGCACGCGUCCCACCGACCGACCGGCGGAAAAAUGUCUCUACUCUCUGCGAGACCGGCUCGGACGUGACCGACACCGGGGAUCGGAACCAGCGCUCGUGACACACAGAGAACCAGACGCGAAGCUUGAAGGAGUUUGAUAGGAAACACGCGAGAUCAGCUGACUACUGCUGACAUCGGCUCCAAUCAAAGAAAUCCUCCUCGGUAUAGCCUCCACCUUCCGUCUUGCGUGGGAUGCUGGAAAGUGGGAGGAGCGCAGGAGUGGAUAUUUGAUGCCUGUAACAGUCAGAGGUGUGGCAUAGUCAAUCAUGGGGGAUUCAAUAUUCAACUGCUGUUAUGUCCCACCCCAUCCCCCAGGCAAGGGGGAGCCGGCCGACUCCACACGCGCAAAGAGCAUGGCCUCCAAUUCAGCCAGCAUCUCCUCCGACAAGCGCUUCCUCAUCUUCUUCGACUUUGAUGAGACCAUCGUGGAUGAGACCAGCGACGACGUAGUGGUGCAGGCCGCCCCGGGUCAGCACCUCCCGGGCUGGCUGAAGGACACCUACCAACCUGGCCACUACAACGAGUACAUGCAGCGCGUGCUGGCCUACCUGGCGGAGCAGGGCGUCACGGAGAGCGACAUCCGUAGCUCCAUGGAGAAGAUACCGGCCACCCCCGGCAUGAUCACCCUCUUCCAGUUCCUCCGCACUCGGCCACCGCAAGACUUCGAGGUGGUGCUGUUGUCCGACGCCAACACCUUCUUCAUCGAGGCCUGGCUCCGACGCGCCGGGGCCCGCCCACUCUUCCACCGGAUCUUCAGCAACCCGGCCACCUUCAACCGGGACGGCCGGCUGGUGCUGCGGCCCUUCCACGCCCACGACUGCAUGCGGUGCCCCAGCAACAUGUGCAAGCAGGUGAUCGUCAGGGAAUAUGUGGCCCGCAGGACGCAGGAGCGGGGCCGCCCGUACCAGCGGGUCUGCUACGUGGGGGACGGAGCCAACGACUUCUGCCCGGUGCUGUCCCUCGGGCCCCGGGACGUGGCUUUCCCGCGGCGGGACUUCCCCAUGCACCGGCUGAUCACGGAGACCCAUGAAGCCAUGCCCGGGGAGUUCAAGGCGGUCACGGUGCCGUGGAGCAGCGGGGAGGAUGUGGUGCAGAGGCUGAGGAAGCUGGUGGCAGAGUAGCGGGUCACGCGGAGACUGAGAGGAGGGGGGAGGGGGAGGAGAUCAUUAUAAGGGGCCAGUUGACGUAUUGUCAAACUCUCAGGUUAAAUAUAGUCCCACAAACUAAUGUUAAGGCAAUAAAACUAUUUGUAUUGUAUGUAUAAAUAAAUGGUCCAUCUGGAGUCCAGCUUACACGUGCCUUAUAGAGUCUAAAUAACACGUGCCUUAUAGAGUCUAAAUAACACGUGCCUUAUAGAGUCUAAAUAACACGUGCCUUUAUAUAGUCUAAAUAACACGUGCCUUAUAGAGUCUAAAUUACACGUGCCUUAUAGAGUCUAAAUAACACGUGCCUUAUAGAGUCUAAAUUACACGUGCCUUAUAGAGUCUAAAUAACUCGUGCCUUUAUAGUCUAAAUUACACGUGUAUAGAGUCUAACUUACACGUGUCUUUAUAGUCCAGCCUCUCACGAGCGUUUAUAGUCCAGCCUCUCACGUUUUGGUCCGGAGGUCACUCUCAUGAUUAUGGAGACCUGCCACUAUCACCGAAAGAAAGGAAAUCAAUGGUAUAUCAGCGCUUUGUUAUAAAGAUUUAGAUAUAAGGUUAAGCUAUAACUUUAACGUUUGGGGGUACGGACAUUUGCAUCAUAGUCUAUAAUAAUAAUACUAAUCAUUAAUGGGAGUUGUUGCUUUUAAAUGUUAAACUGGGUCAGUAUGGAAAUAUGUGUGUAUAGGCCUCUCGUAGCAAUAUUUAAAAAUGUUAGAUGUUUAUGCCAACCAAGAAAGUGUUUUAUUUAUCUGCAGUUUUUUAAAUAUUAAAUUAUAACCUCAAUAAAUUAAAUCUGAAGGGCAUUUCAACAGAUCUACAAGAUGACGAAACACUAUUGUUUAUCAGUGUGCUUCUCACAAAAUAUAUACGUCUAAUUGAGAAAUGUAUGACAUAUGACGUAUUUAACAUGUGUAUCAGUCUGUUGUAUCUUUACUGUGUAGGACAGGUCUACUGAACAAUAUAUAAACACCAGCAGGAAUAAAGCCAUCAACUGAAA